AGGUUUUGUUUGUUUUGAGUUGACUUAAAACACAGUCCGAAAGAAAGAAUUCUGAAAAAUCAUUAUAAAAUUUCGUGAAAAGCCUUUAUUACUACAACAUUUGAAUCGAUCCUCUGCGGAAAAAUGCGGAUACUUCUGGGAUUGUUUGGCACCGUUCUUUGUGUGUUCAUACAAAAAACUAAUGGAGAGAUUCCAGAUUGCGAUUUCUUUGACACUGUGGAUGUUUCAGCAGGCCAAUGGCUCUCGAAUGGUUCAUAUCUAUUCGAGGACCUAGUUAUUCCCGCCCAUUUGACUGGCGAAUAUGACUUCAAGCUUCAGUCCAACAACUCGAAGGAGCAUGUUGCGAGCCACUUGAGGGGAUGUGUCUGUCAAUUGAAGACCUGUGUUAGGUUUUGCUGCGAUCUCUAUGACAUUAUGUCUGAAGGCAACUGUUUUAAUGACACGUCGAAGGAGGAGCUGGACGCAAUGGAUCCCUUUCUGAACAUUACCCUUAAAGACGGUUCGGUGGUCAAAAGGCACUUCAAAAACGAAAUGUUCGUACAAAGGGACUUGCCCAGGCCUUGUGACUCAAUGUUCUACCUAGACAACCGGGAUAAAAUCGAUGAGUAUACUCUGUUCGAGAAUGGAACCUUUCUACGGCACCAUGGCAAAGUCACCCUGAACAAACAGAAAUACUGCCUUCAGCAUUUAGUGUUCGACGAAACUACUGAUACAGAAUUCAUCCAAAUUGCACCAUACAACUGCCACCCACAGACACAGGCGCAGGAUAUUUCUAAAACGUGGCAUACCGUUGUAAUGGUGAUAUCGCUGAUAUGUAUGCUUCUUACGAUCAGCGUGUACCUCUUCUUCAAGAAGCUAAGAAACUUGCAUGGCCAAUGCUUCAUCUGUUACAUGGUAAGCCUGUUCAUGGCCUACCUCUUUUUUCUGCUAAAUUUGUGGGAUUUGACCAACGAUUUCUGCAUAACAGCAGGCUUCAUAGGCUAUUUUUUCGUUAUGGCCGCGUUCUUGUGGCUUUCCGUCAUCAGCCUGCACCUCUGGAUGACGUUCAAGGGCUCUGUAGUCAUCAGUGGCUUCUUGGGAGAUGAUCAAUUUUUGGCCUAUAGCAUAUGCGCCUGGGGCUUGUCAUUUUUCCUGACCGGAAUUACCUAUCUGGUUGAUAAGGUUGCAGAUCACGAAAAUUGGGCCCCUCGAAUGGGCAACGAAAACGAAUGUUGGAUUUAUACUCGAGAUUGGUCUGCCAUGAUCUACUUAUACGGGCCGAUACUGUUGCUAAUUGCGUUCAACAUAACCACGUUUGUCCUGACGGCCAGAAUUAUAAUUUCAGUUAAAAGGAGCAUAAACAACUUUACUCACAAGCAAGACAAGAACAAAAAGCUCAACUCGGAUAAACAAUCUUACACCUUCUUUCUGCGGCUCUUUAUCAUCAUGGGUCUCUCGUGGAGCUUUGAGAUAAUCUCAUACUUGGUGCAAGACAAAGAUGUUUGGGCCAAGGUUUUUCGAGUGACUGACUACUUUAAUUGGUCCCAGGGUACCAUCGUGUUCAUUGUUUUUAUUUUAAAACGCAGCACGCUAAAACUUAUAAGACAGGCAACCCAUCCAAAACCGAAGUUGAGAGACACCAAUAUGAAAUCAGGUCGUGGCCGAUCCGAAAAUCGGUCCCUAACCUCAACCGCGUAAAUCUACCAUUGUGUAUGAAAUGUCACCUAAAAAUAAAUUUAUUUAACAAUUUUAAAAAGAAACAAAAUUUGUCGGUACUCGAUAAAAGCUUAAUAAGGUUAAGGUUGCUAUGAAAAAGUAUUGAAACCGGUGUAUAGGUAUCUUAGCCUAAAAUAUAAUUGUUUCAAGAAAAUUUAAACAUUUUAUGUUCGUGCUGUUCAGAAUUGAUGCAUGCAUUUAAAUUUAGCGCAAGUUCAUCAUAUGCUGCUUUUAAAUUGCCAAAGAUUUUUGUUCCUACAAUCAAUCAAGUAAACCUUAAAUCACAAGCGUAUUUUAUGUUUCUCUAAUUUUAUGGCUACGGUUUUAUGGUUUUAGCUUUACCAAAAACCAGUCAUGCUAAUAUUAUGGCUUUUUUCCACCCCUCAAUUAUUUCAAAAAUUGUUAUUUAAUAUUU